AUGAAUCCAAACGCCACCAUCAUCAACAACAACAAUGGCACUGAUGCCAACCCGUCCACAGGAGCAGGACAAGCCGGAACUGGGCCUCACACACCGACAGCCACAGCCCGACCGGCGACCGCACCAACACCUGCAACUCCGACAGCAGCUGCAAGUCCGAUCCGACAACUACAACUCGUUCUGAGUCCAGCCUCAGCCUUUGGAGAAUCGAUCCUCAAAUCCGAAUACGAGCGUCUCUCCAAGGUCAUCUCCCACCUCGUCUCUGCUCGCUUUGCUGCCAUCGACACCCUUACCCUACCUACCUUCAAUUCUGCUUCUCAAGUGGCACCAAGGCCGCCGGCAGGACAUUAUGAGGCACUGGUGAUCUGGGCGCAGUACCGAAAUGAUAUUGGAGGGUUUGAGGAUGCUCUUACGAUGAAGAUCCAGAUUCUUGAGGAUCAGCGGAGUAUCCUUGUCAACCGCAUCUUUGUCGCCUACGACGCUUGA